AUGGAAAACAGCUCGUCGCCUUUUUACUUCAACCUCACCAUGUUUGUGAACAUUGGACCCUACCGCUUUGCAGCCUUUACCUUCUGCGUGCUGCUCUACAGCUUCAUCGUCUGUGCGAACCUCCUAAUGAUCCUGGUGAUUUGCCAGUACAGAGCGCUGCACCAGCCCAUGUAUAUGUUCAUCGCUUUGCUGUCAGCCAACUCCCUGUACGGCUCCAGUGGCUUCUUCCCCAGAUUUCUCACAGACUUGCUCUCAGACGUCCACCUGAUAUCUCACGUGGCCUGUUUCACCCAGAUUUAUGUCAUUUACACGUACGGUUCAAACGAACUGACCAUUCUGAGCAUCAUGGCGUAUGAUAGAUAUGUAGCCGUGUGUCAUCCUUUGCAUUAUCACAGAAAGAUGACUUUUAAAACAGUGGUUCUGCUGUCGGUGCUGGCCUGGUCCUUCCCAGCUUUGUUUCUGACAGCGAUAUUGUUGAUGUCUGCCCGGCUUCCUUUGUGUGGCAAUAAGAUAGAGAAGGUGUUCUGUGCCAACUGGAAUGUGGUUAAGUUAUCAUGUGUCAGCACCGCUUUCAACAAUGUUCUGGGGAUGCUUCUGACCAUCACUACUGUUUUUCUCCCACUUUUCUAUGUGCUUUACACCUAUUUGCGGAUACUGAUCGUGUGCUGGAAAAGAUCUGCAGAGUUCAAGAGUAAAGUGUGGCAGAGCUGCCUGCCGCAUAUUGUUUCCUUUGUGAUUUACUCCAUCGCUGGAUUUUGUGAUAUCGCCUUGAGUCGAUACAACCUGGAGGACAUAAGUCCAUUUGUUGCCGUUAUCUGGUCCUUGGAGUUUGUCGUCAUUCCACCGGUUUUGAAUCCUCUCGUGUACGGCCUCAAGCUGCCAGAUAUCAGAAGACACAUUUUAGGUUUGUUAUCGUGCCAAAAAAGAUGACCAACUGAAAAGAUUGUGGUAAUUUAUCAGGAAACAGAGCCUAACGUGGAGUCUGAUUGAUGAUAUUUAAAAUUUGAUUGAGUAAAAAUAUUCCCUGUUGCACUGAUUCAGUUCAUCUGACAAUUAUUUUACCUUAAAUGAAUACAAACUCAC